GCGAAGGCCUCACUACCGGCGUCCGCUCACCGGCGCCAUUUCUGUCGAAGGGAACGGCGGUGCGGCCUGUGAUCAUGGCGCUGUUCCCGGCCUUUGCGGGCCUUGGUGACGCUCCCAAUAGCGGCAGCGCCAGGAAAGAAUUAGAUUGGCUGAGCAACCCGAGCUUUUGCGUUGGAGCCAUAACCUCUCUGAGCCAACAACCUGAAGAGGCUGCUGCUCUGGUUUCUGAAGGGUCACCGCUGACGAGGAGUCCUCUGAAAUCAGAGCCUUCGGAUGAAAGUGAUGCUAACAGAAAGCCCAAACAAACAAGCAGAAAAAAGAAGAAAGAGAAAAAGAAGAAGAGGAAACAUCACCACAAGAAAACCAAGAGAAAACGUGGGCAGGCCAGUAGCAGUGGCUCCGAGCCAGAUAGUGAGCCUGAAGAGGACAAAACUUCCAGAAGCACUGGAGACAGUAGAAAGGAAUCAGAGAAACCAAGUCAAGAAGGUAAUGCUGCCGCUGAUAUUGGGCAUCGCUUUGUUUGGCUUGAGGACGUUCAGGCUCUGACUGGAGAAACCUUCAGAACAGAUAAGAAACCGGAUCCGGCUAACUGGGAGUAUAAGUCUCUCUACCGAGGAGACAUAGCAAGAUACAAGAGGAAAGGAGACUCCUGCCUUGGCAUUAACCCUAAGAAGCAGUGUAUAUCCUGGGAGGGGGCUGCCGCAGGAAAGAAGCCUUCACACAAGCAUGUUGAGCGCUAUUUUACGAAGAAGAGCGUGGGCUUAAUGAACGUUGAUGGAGUUGCUGUUGGCAGUAAAACUGAACCUCCCUCAUCUGAGCCAAUCUCCUUUAUCCCCGUGAAGGGCUUGGAUGAUGUGGUUCCUCCCGUUAUGACCUGGUUGAACCCUCUGGGGAUUUACGAUCAGUCCACCACGCAGUGGUUACAAGGACAGGGUCCUCCAGAGCAAGAAUCAAAGCAGCCAGACUCCCAGACAGACAGAGAGCGUGUGCUGCUCAAGGCCAAGGUGGAGGAGUUCAACAGGAGAGUGCGGGAGAACCCUCACGAUAUUCAGCUGUGGAUGGCGUUCGUUGCUUUUCAGGACGAGGUCGUGCGGAGCCCUGGCCUGUAUGCCCUGGAGGAGGGGGAGCAGGAGAAGCGGAAGAGGUCUGUGAAGCUGGUGCUGGAGAAGCAGCUGGCCAUCCUGGAGCGGGCCAUUGAGAGCAACCAGAGCUCCGUGGAGCUGAAGCUGGCCCGGCUGAAGCUGUGCGCGGAGUUCUGGGAGCCCUCGGCGCUGCUCAAGGAGUGGCAGAAACUGAUAUUUGUACACCCCAACAGUACAGCCCUCUGGCAGAAGUACCUUUUAUUUUGCCAAAGCCAGUUCAGCACCUUCACCGUGUCGAAGAUCCACGGUCUUUACGGCAAAUGCUUGAGCACUCUGUCCGCGGUGCAGGAUGGCAGCAUCCUGUCGCACCCCGCCCUGCCUGGCACCGAGGAGGCCGUGUUCGCUCUCUUUCUUCAGCACUGUCAUUUCCUGCGGCAGGCCGGUCACUCUGAGAAGGCGAUCUCGCUCUUCCAGGCCAUGGUGGACUUCACCUUCUUCAAGCCAGACAGCGUGAAAGACCUGCCUACCAGAGGACAGGUGGAAUUCUUUGAGCCCUUCUGGGACAGCGGGGAGCCCCGGGCUGGGGAGAAGGGUGCUCGAGGCUGGAGAGCCUGGAUGCACCAGCAGGAGCGAGGCGGCUGGGUGGUCAUCAGUCCAGAUGAUGAUGAUGAUGAACCAGAAGACGAGGACCAGGAAAUAAGCAAUAAGAGUCUGCCCAGGUGGCAGAUCUGGCUCGCCGCCGAGCGGUCCCGAGACCAGAGGCACUGGCGGCCGUGGCGCCCUGAUAAGACCAAGAAGCAAACCGAGGAAGACUGUGAGGACCCAGAGAGACAGGUGCUGUUCGAUGACAUUGCGCAGUCUCUGAUCCAGCUCUCCAGCCGGGAUCUUCAGUUUCAGCUGGUUGCAGCCUUUCUGCAGUUCCUGGGCGUGCCUUCUGGCCUCAGCCCCCCGGCCUCCUGCCUCUACCUGGCCAUGGAUGAGGACAGCAUCUUCGAUAACGGGCUUCAUGAUGAAAAGCCACUGACUUUUCUCAACCUGUGCUUUUCCGGCGUCAGCUGUGUUGGCCGCUCAGAUCCACUGGGCUGCCGCCGCUGGACCCGUGGGCACAAUCGAGAGGGCGAGGAGUUCAUCCGCAACAUCUUUCACCUUGUGAUGCCUCUGUUUUCAGGCCAGGAGAGGUCUCAGCUCUGCUUCUCCUGGCUACAGUACGAGAUGGCAAAGGUCAUUUGGUGUCUGCACACCAAAAACAAGAAGAGGUUAAAGUCGCAAGGAAAGAACUGCAAAAAACUCGCCAAAAACCUCCUUAAGGAGCCAGAAAACCGCAACAAUUUUUGCCUCUGGAAGCAGUACGCACAUCUGGAGUGGUUGCUCGGCAACACCGAGGACGCCAGGAAGGUGUUCGACACGGCGCUCAGCCUGGCGGGGAGCGGAGAACCGCGGGGGUGCGAGCUCUGGGAGCUCGGCCGCCUCUACGCGGGGCUGGAGCUGGAGCUGGAGCUCUCGCCGGCCGCGAGAGGGGCCGCCACGGCCCGAGCCGUCCACAUACUGACCAGACUGACGGAGAAUGGUCCCUACACACCCUACUCCGGGCCGGUCUUGGCCGUUCACGUUUUGAAGGCCCGGAAGGCUUACGAACACGCGCUGCAGGACUGUUGGGGCCAGAGCUGUGGCUCCGGUCCGGCUCCCGCCGACGCCUGUCACCGCCUCACCGGCCCGCUCCAGUGCUUCAUGCUCUUCCAGUAUUUGACCGUGGGCAUCGAUGCCGCCGUGCGGCUCUACGAGCAGGCGUGUGCGAAGCUGCGGGGCUCGGUCUCCCCGGGCGGCUGUGGCCCGGACGAGCCCGGCUGCGCGCAGAGGCCGGGCCGCGGUCUCGAGGCCGUCACGCUGACGCACACGAGCCUGCUCCGCUUCCACGCGAGAGUCAGCGUUUGCCCCGUGGCUCCUCUGCGGCAGGUGCUCUCGGACGCCUUGCGGUGGUACCCGGGCAACCAGGUUCUGUGGAGGGCCUACGUACAGAUUCAGAGUCGGUCCCACGCGGCCAGUAAGACCAGAAGAUUCUUCGAUGCCAUCACCAGGUCUGCCAAACCCUUGGAGCCGUGGCUGUUUGCGAUUGAAGCCGAGAAGCUGAGGAAGAGGCUGGUGGAGACCGUUCAGAGGGUGGGUGGCAGAGAGGUCCACGCCACAAUUCCUGAGACCGGCUUGACGCAUCGGAUCAAAGCCCUGUUUGAAAAUGCUUUGCGGAGUGACAACGGCAGCCAGUGCCCCUUACUGUGGAGAAUGUAUUUGAACUUUCUGGUCUCCUUGGGAAACAAAGAAAGGAGCAAAGGCGUGUUCUACAAAGCACUUCAGAAUUGUCCUUGGGCAAAGGCGCUGUACCUGGAUGCCGUGGGGCACUUCCCUGAAGAGAUGCAGGAGGUCCUGGACCUGAUGACGGAGAAGGAGCUCCGGGUGCGCCUGCCCAUGGAGGAAUUGGAGCUUCUGCUCGAGGACUAG